CGGCCAGAUGCCUGCCCACUGUCAACGUCAUCCAGGCAGGCAGAAGCGAUCCUUUGCCCGGGAGCUGUCAACCCUAAACCCGGCACCACCCAUGCCCCCCCCAGACAUCAUUGCAACAUGGCCUGGGAUGAGGCCGGGCAGCUGCUCUCGCACAAAAUGAACCAAUUCGCUGCGAUUCGCAGCCAACGAGGCAUCCGAGUCCUCAUCGCCGCGGUGGCCGCCAUCUUCGUCUUGUCCAUCUUUCUGCUGCUGCCAUCAGCAUCGACCACCAAGGUCCUCGGAUUCGGUCAGGGCCACCAGACAGCCACCCAAUCCUCCGCCGGCAUCACCGCCGGCAUCACCAUCGACACCACCCUCAUCACCGAUCUCGCCCAAUACUUCGCCGACUAUCCCAUCCAGAAACCCUUCAAAGAAAAAUACGGCGAACUGGGCCGUCGCAACCGGGUUCUCCGCGACUGGCUCACCCAAGCCGAAGCCUCCUCCAACCCCACCACCAAAUCCCUCCUCCUCAACGCCGUCGAAGAAGUCGCCAUUUCCCAAUACCCAUUCCUCCAAAACCCCCAACAGCCCAAAUCCCCUCACCCCGUGCAAGAUCUCCGCGCCUCCUUCACCCCCAACUCCGCCGGCAUCGUCAUCCCCACCAGUGACAAAACCCUCCGCUACGCCGCCCACCUCAUCGGCUCCCUCCGCUCCGUCCUCAACUCCACCCUCCCCAUCCAAGUCAUCUACGCCGGCGAUGACGAUCUCUCCCCUCCCAACCGAAACCACGUCUCCACCCUCGCCGCCGCCGGGCCCGCCAUCACCUUCCUCGACAUCCUCACCCUCUUCGACGACACCACCCUGAAACUCCAAACCGGCGGCUGGGCCAUCAAAGCCUUUGCCGCUCUCGGCUCUCCCUUCGAAAAAGUCAUUCUCGCCGACGCUGACGCCGUCUUCCUUCAACCCCCCGAGGUCCUCCUCCACCAGGAAGCCUUCCUCCACAAAGGCGCUCUCCUCUUCCACGAUCGACUCCUCUGGAAACAUGCCUUCGAGGGCCGUCAUGACUGGUGGCGCGAUCAGAUCCGUCGACCCAGCGACGAGAUGAAUGCCUCGUUGGUCUGGACGGAAGAUUACGCGGAGGAAGCGGACUCGGGUCUCGUGGUGCUGGAUAAAAGUCGCCCCGAUACUUUGAUGGGUUUGUUGCAUAUCUGCUGGCAGAAUUCGUACGAGGUGCGGGAGGAAACGACGUAUAAGAUUACGUAUGGCGAUAAGGAGAGUUGGUGGUUGGGGUUGGAGUUGGCGGGCGCGCAGUAUGAGUUUUCGAAACAUUAUGGGGGGAUUGUGGGGUGGGAGAAUGUGGAUGAGCAGGGACGGCGCGGCGUGUGUAGUUUUGUGAUUGCGCAUGUGGAUGCCAAGAAUCGGUUGCUCUGGUAUAAUGGGAGCUUGUUGAAGAAUAAGGGGCAGGGGGGCAUGGAGAAUGUGUAUCAGGUGCCGGAGAAGUGGAUGAUUGAUGCCGAGUGGGUCAAGGGGGCCAGGAAACAGGAUCAUAGUUGUAUGGUGAAUGGGGAGGUGCGGAGUUUGACGGAGGAGGAGAUGGGGGUUUUGGAUCGGUCCAUUGGCCUGGCGAAGAUGGUGGAUGCGAUGGUGCAGUCUGCCUGACACAUCGCAGUGGUAUAUUCAGCCAACACUGAAGGCAGUGUCCAGCGGCUUGAAGUACUGCCUGUGCUCUAACAUGGGAAUCUGCAGUACAUCCCUCAGUGCAGUGUGGCUGUUCAUGAUUGACCAAGAGUUGGACGUGCACUACAUGAAAUGCUUAUUGUACAUAAUGUUCCAUUUCAUCGAUAUAAUUAAUUACAAGUGAUUUCACACGUGGC